AUGUUGGAUCAACCGUACAUGACUGAUUUAAUUGAAGCAAACUCAAUGGCAUAUGAACCUGACAUAAUUGAUAUCUACAGCGCAUCCUGGGGUCCGGUUGAUGAUGGAAAAACGGUUGAUGGUCCAAGACAUGCAACAAUGAAAGCAAUUGUCAACGGAAUUAAUGAAGUUCGUAGAAUCAAAUUAUCAAGCUUCUUUUUUUCUAAACAAAUAUUUACUUAUUUAACUCAAAAUUGCAGGGGCGCCGAGGGCUCAUUAUACGUUUGGGCAAGUGGAGACGGUGGAGCAAACGACGAUUGUAAUUGUGAUGGUUAUGCAGCAAGUAUGUGGACUAUUUCAAUUAAUUCAGCUAUAAAUGAUGGACGAACAGCGUUAUACGAUGAAUCAUGUUCAUCAACAUUAGCUUCAACAUUCAGUAAUGGUAGAUCAGAUGAUCCACAUGCCGGAGUGGCAACAACUGAUUUAUACGGACAAUGUACGUUAAAACAUAGUGGAACAUCGGCUGCUGCACCCGAGGCAGCUGGUGUUUUUGCCUUAGCAUUAGAAGCAAAUCCUAAUUUAACCUGGCGUGAUAUGCAACAUUUAACAGUGUUAACAGCCAAACGUAAUCAGUUAUAUGAUCCAUCUAAAAAGCAUUUAUGGCAUAUCAAUGGAGCCGGUCUCGAGUUUAAUCAUCUGUUUGGCUAUGGUGUGUUGGAUGCUGGGGAUAUGGUACGUCACGCAAAACAAUGGAAACCAUUACCACCUCGAUAUCAUUGUGAAGCUGGAAGAAUCUCAAAAAGACAAUUAAUUCCUGAACAAGGCAACCUUACAUUGAAAAUCACCACGGAUGCAUGUGAAAAUACACAAGACGAAGUUGGAUAUCUUGAACAUGUGCAAGCAUUUAUUACAUUGAAAUCCAGUAGAAGAGGAAAUACGGUGAUUUUUCUAACAUCACCAUUAGGCACAAGAUCGUUAAUAUUGAGUCGUCGUCCACUUGAUGAUGAUUCAACAAAUGGAUUUCAUAAAUGGCCAUUUAUGACCACCCAUGCGUGGGCUGAACAAGGUCAAGGUACAUGGACUCUCGAACUCUUAUUUGAUAAUGACGAUAAUGAGGAUGCCCCGUUAACGAAGCAACAGCUAAUCGAUAAACAAAAACGACAAAAUCAAACUGUUAAUAGUAAUACAAAUAAUAGAAAGACAACCGGUGAAUUUUUAGAAUGGAUACUUCUUCUACAUGGUACAAGGCAGCAGCCCUACAAAGAUCAAACACAAACAAACUGGAAAUCUAAAUUAGCUAUUGCAAAACAAAUACAUGAAAAUAAUUUUAAAGAUAAAGCAAAAUAUAUUGAACUAUUGAAACAAGAUCAUCAAAAGCGCUUAGGAAGCGAUAACAGUAUGAUGGAAAGAAAAAUUUGA